AUGAUUCAAUUGUUAUCCUCCUGGAUUAUCGAGAACAUUGAUGCAGAAAUCGUCAAUCGAUUCAUUGAUUACAAUACUGCUCGAGAUUUGUGGGAAGGGAUUAAAAAUCUCUUAAAUAGUGGGCACGAUGAACUUCAAAUCUAUGAUUUGAGUUCAACGGCCGCCACCUUAAGGCAAGGAAAUAGUACCAUUGAAACGUACUUUGGAAAACUUAGUAUGUUAUGGAAGGAAAUUGAUAAACGUAUGCCCAACCCGAUGACUUGCCCUCAAGAUAUCACUGCAUUUAAUAACUUUAUACAGAGACAAAGGCUAUAUCAAUUUCUUACCGAAAUAAACGAGAACCUUGAUAAAGAAAGAAGAGACUUACUCCACAUGGAUCAUCUCCCAACAGUAGAUGUAGCCUAUGCCACCAUUAGACGGGAAAUCUCACGCCGAAAAAUUAUAACCGACGUCUCAUCACCGGGAAUAGAUCCCUCAGAGUUUUGGUCACGACAUACUAAGGAAGGUUGUUUCAAGCUAGUGGGAUACCCCGAUUGGUGGGAUGACCUACAAAAGAGGAAGGCCGCCACCAAGGCACCGGCACAUCGGACCGGCGGCAAGGCCAACCUUGCAACUGUAGAUCACCCCGGUGAGAUCACAUCAUCAUAUUCAGGUAUGGAUUUGAAAAAAAGGGAGGCAGCCAUAACUAAACAGGGAACACGCAAAAGGAAAGAGGAGAGAGAAACGGCCGUGAAUCACACAGAAAAGGGAAAAGGAAAUGAAAGGGUCACUUAUAACCCUACUAACCUUCCCUUAAAUACUGAGACACCCCCCAACCUUACCCAUAUAUUACCCGGCCCAAUCCAAGACCCAAUCCAUAAAUUUAGUCUCAUAAUUCACAACUAUUCCAAAUGGAUUUUUUAUUGUGGUGCUACGGACACUAUGACCUUUGACCCACAUGAUUUAUCUUCCGUUCAUUCCACUCCUCGUACCCAUGUUGAAACUGCAAAUGGUACAACUAUUCCAGUUCAUCAAGCUGGGCCGGCUGAUAUUUCCUCGUCUCUUAGUGUUAAAAAUUGUUUAUUAAUUCCCGGUCUAUCUCAUAAAUUAUUAUCUGUCAGUCAGCUAACCAAAGAGCUUCAUUAUACCAUUUUAUUUACUUCUGAUGGUUGUCUUGUGCAGGAUACUCGGACGGGGACGACUCUUGGGCAUGGUACUGAGCAAGGCGGGCUGUACUAUGUGGACGAGACGGUCAAAAAGGGUCAUUCACUACUUGUUCACGGGACUCUCAUACAACAACUAUGGACAUGGCAUCGACGUUUAGGUCACCCUUCACUAGGUUAUUUAAAACGUUUUUUUUCGUCUUUUCAUAGUUGUAAUUUUUCUUUGGACUGUGAGACUUGUGUUCUAGCUAAAAGUCAUAAACAUUCAUACUCUCCUAGCUUUACUAAAACUGAUAGACCUUUUGAUUUAGUUCACUCUGAUGUAUGGGGUCCUGCUCCUGAAAGUAAUUCUCAAGGAUACUCAUACUUUGUUUUGUUUUUGGAUGACUGUACACGUGUGAGCUGGAUUUAUUUUCUUAAAGACAAAUCUGAAGUCUUUGAUGUGUUUGUUAACUUUUACAAUAUGAUUCUCACUCAAUUUCAUACUCGCCUAAAAAUUCUUCGCUCAGACAAUGGUGGGGAAUAUGUUUCUCAUAAAAUGAAAAAUUUUAUUCUUGAACAUGGCAUGCUUCACCAAACUACUUGCCCUGACACCCCACAGCAAAAUGGAGUUGCUGAAAGAAAAAAACCGAACCUUACUUAA